AAUUAAACCAUUCGGCCCAUCGAGUCUACUCCGCCAUUGGCUGAUCUAUCUCUCCCCCUAACCCCAUUCUCCUGCCCUCAUCCCAUAACCUCUGAAACCCGUACUAAUCAAGAACAAUCCGUACUAAUCAGGAUGCAGGGGAAGCGAUCCCGGGACUCCGUGGGGUGAUAACGACCACAUCCUCUGUCCCCCCCCAGUGAAAACAAAUUGUUUUGGGUGUGAUUGUUAAAAAUACUUGGGCAACCCCUUCAAUUCACAAUAAUAACGAAGGGCAAGACACGUAAUUAGUCGUGAUGAACCGACCAAAAGCUGUAGCAAUUCGGCGGCCCAGCAGUGCCAAGCCCAGUGGCCAUCCUCCACCUGGAGACUUUAUAGCGCUGGGCUCGAAGAGUCAGGCCUCUGACACCAAGGCGCCCGCAGCACUCCUGAAGCCAACGCAGGCAGGACUGCAGUCUGAUCGGAAACGAGAGGGAGCAUCAGGAUUAGCCUCAACCUCUGGCCUUUCAAAGCGUCCAAAGAUCUCUUCCACUCCGCCACUGAGUGCACUGGGGCGCCUGGCAGAGGCUGCCGUUGCUGAGAAACGAGCUAUAUCUCCUUCAAUUAAGGAACCUUCUGUGGUACCAAUUGAAGUUCCCCCAGCAGCAUUGCUGGACGAGAUUGAGGCUGCAGAACAAGAAGGGAAUGAUGACUGCAUUGAAGGGCUGCUUUGCGGAGCAGUGAAACAGAUGAAGCUCAAUCGGGUGAAGCCAGAUACAAUGCUCUUUCUCAGCCUGAUGUAUCUAGCCAAAAUCAAACCCAACGUCUUUGCAACAGAGGGUGUUAUUGAGGCCCUUUGCAGUUUGCUUCGACGAGAUGCUGCUAUUAAUUUCAAAACGAAAGGCAACAGUUUGGUUUCAGUGCUCACUUGUAAUCUCCUCAUGGCAGCCUACGAGGAAGAUGAGAACUGGCCUGAAAUCUUUGUCAAGGUGUAUAUUGAGGACUCCCUCGGUGAACGUAUCUGGGUGGACAGUCACCAAUGCAAGACUUUUGUUGAGAAUAUUCAGACCGCUUUUAACACAAAGGUGUCUCCGAAAAGUAUGUUGCUGCAAGCGGAUGGAGGCAGGAUUGGCAGUGACCUCAGCGCAGGCGGGAGCCCACAUCCAUCCACACCAGACGAUGACGAUAAUCAGGCCGAGCUGCUUAUUGCAGAAGAGAAAAUGAGCCCAGAUGUAGAGGCAGGUCAAGUGAUGCCAAGGUAUGAGGACUUGGCUGAGAGUGUGGAAGAUUAUGUAAUCGACAUGCUUCGUGACCAGCUCAACCGGCGACAGCCCAUGGAUAAUGUCUCGAGGAACCUGCUGCGGUUGCUCACGGCCACCUGCGGUUACAAGGAGGUUCGCCUGAUGGCUGUUCAACGGCUGGAGAUGUGGCUGCAGAACCCAAAGCUGACCCGUCCCGCUCAGGACCUGCUGAUGUCGGUCUGCACCAACUGCUCUUCACAUGGAACAGAGGACAUGGAAGUUAUGUCGAAUCUCAUCAAAAUCCGCCUGAAGCCCAAGGUUUUGCUGAACCAUUACAUGCUAUGCAUAAAGGAAUUGCUGAAUGCCCACCGUGAUAACCUGGGAACACUGGUGAAGCUUGUAAUUUUCAAUGAGCUGUCCAAUGCACGGAAUCCAAACAACAUGCAGGUCCUCUACACGGUGCUGCAGCACAACUCUGAACUGGCCCCCAAGUAUCUAGCUAUGGUGUUCCAGGAUUUGCUCACCAAUAAAGAUGAUUACCUUCGAGCAUCUCGAGCUUUGCUGCGGGAAAUUAUUAAACAAACCAAACAUGAGAUCAACUUUCCCUCCUUCUGCCUGGGCCUGAUGCAGGAGCGGAAGGAGCAAACAUACCUAGAUAUGGAAUUUAAGGAGCGCUUUGUGAUCCAGGUGACAGACCUACUGACCCUGUCAAUGAUGCUGGGGAUUACAGCACAAGUAAAGGAAGCAGGGCUUGCAUGGGACAAAGGCGAAAAAAAGAACCUGGAAGGGCUGCGUGCAUUUCAGACUCAGAUUGCAACCAUCCAGCGAGAUACUGUGUGGUGGCUGCACACUGUGGUGCCAACCGUUUGCAAACUGAAUCCCAAGGAUUACAUCCACUGUUUGCAUAAGGUGCUCUUCACUGAACAGCCGGAGACAUACUACAAAUGGGAUAAUUGGCCUCCAGAAAGUGACAGAAACUUCUUUCUUCGGCUGUGCUCUGAGGUCCCACUCCUGGAGGACACCCUGAUGCGGAUCCUGGUCAUUGGAUUAUCACGGGAUUUAGCUUUGGGGCCGGCUGAUGCGAUGGAAUUAGCCGACCAUCUGGUGAAACGAGCUGCAUUGGUGCAGGCUGAUGGUAACGUGGCCGAUCUGCAAGUCCUUCAUGUGGAGAGAGUUCAGUUGAUCGAUGCAGUUCUGAAUCUCUGCACUUAUCAUCACCCUGAAAACAUUCAGCUGCCACCAGGGUACCAGCCUCCCGCCCUGGCCAUCUCAUCUUUAUACUGGAAGGCUUGGCUGUUAUUGUUAGUUGUAAAUGCCUUCAAUCCGCAAAAUAUUGGACUGGCUGCAUGGGAAGGUUACCCUACUCUGAAGAUGUUGAUGGAAAUGGUGAUGACAAACAACUUCUCCUACCCUCAGUGCACUGUGACCGAUGAGGAAACCAGAAAUGAAAUGAUCACUCGGGAGCUGCAGAUGUCACAGAGAGAAAAGCAGGAGAUUUUGGCUUUCGAAAGCCAUCUAGCUGCUGCAUCGACAAAGCAGACCAUCACCGAAAGCAACAGCCUGCUGCUAUCACAGCUGACCAGCCUCGACCCUCAGGGCCCCCCUCGCCGGCCACCUUCACAAGUUCUCGAGCAGCUAAAGAGCUUGAAUCAGUCUCUUCGCUUGGGCCACCUGCUGUGUCGCAGUCGUCAUCCUGACUUCCUGCUGAACAUCAUUCAGAGGCAGGCCUCGUCUCAAUCCAUGCCCUGGUUAGCAGAUCUGGUACAGUCGAGUGAAGGGUCCUUGGAUGUGCUGCCCGUCCAGUGCUUGUGCGAGUUCCUGCUUCACGAUGCAGCUGACGAGGUGGCCACCACAGAGGAGGAAGACGAGGGAGAGAGCAAAGAGCAGCGGGCCAAGAAGCGGCAGAGACAACAGAAGCAGCGGCAGCUGCUGGGGCGUCUGCAGGACCUCCUGUUGGGCAGCAAAGCUGAUGAACAGACCACCUGCGAAGUGCUGGAUUACUUCUUGAGGCGCCUGAGCUCUCCACAGGUGGCCUCCCGUGUUCUGGCCAUGAAGGGCUUGUGCCUGGUGCUGACGGACUCUGAGAGCAGUCUGCGGGAAAUGGAGGAGCGAGAACAGAUGAUGGAAGAGGAGUCAAGUGAUGGUGAACCACUCCAUAGAUAUCAGUGGCUGCUGCGAGAUCUUCCCAAUCUGCCCCUCUUCAGCAGUGUCUGUAAGAUGACUUCCUUGGCACUGCAGCAGGCAAUUCAUGUGGAGACCGAUCCCCAGACCAUCAGUGCCUAUGUUAUUUAUUUGUCACAGCACGCACCAGUAGAGGAGCAGGUUCAGCACAACGACCUUGCCUUGGAUGUUGCUCGCUUGAUUGUCGAGAGGUCCACCAUCAUGACUCACCUCUUCGCCAAACACUCCUACAGAUCGGAGUGCGAGUCAGUGUUGGUGGCGCUCAUCGCCAUCUUCUCCCGAUACGUGAAGCGGAUGCGGAAGACGAAGGAGGACGAGGAGGUGUACAGCUGGUCUGAGUCCCAGGACCAGGUCUUCCUGCGUUGGACCACUGGGGAGACAGCUACCAUGCAUAUUCUGGUAGUUCACGCCAUGGUCAUUCUUCUGACGUUGGGUCCGCCUCAAGGAGACAGUGAUUUCUACCACCUUCUCGACGUGUGGUUUCCGGACAAGAAGCCUCUCCCAACGGCAUUCCUAGUCGACACUUCAGAAGAAGCACUGCUUCUCCCUGACUGGCUGAAACUCCGCAUGAUUCGCUCAGAAGUAUCUAGAUUGGUGGAUGCAGCUCUCCAAGAUUUGGAGCCGCAGCAGCUGAUCCUGUUUGUCCAGUCCUUCGGAAUCCCAGUCUCAAGUAUGAGCAAACUCCUGCAAUACCUGGAUCAGGCGGUGUCCCACGAUCCACAGACACUCGAACAGAAUAUAAUGGACAAAAAUUACAUGGCUCACCUGGUGGAAGUGCAGCACGAGAGGGGAGCGACUGGUGGCCACACCUUCCACACGCUGCUCACUACCUCCCUGCCUCCAAGCAGAGAUAACAUAGACCUCAACAGGCAGAACUCCAGCAACACAGCACCACUGUGUCCCAUCCGUAUUAGGGGGCCAACGCAGAUUCCUGUAAUUGGACCAGAUGAAGAUUUGGCUGGGCUUUUCCUUCAGCUUUUCCCCAUGAAUCCUGACCCAAGGUGGAAGAACACAAGCAGCCGCUCAGUCUCACUAAUGCUGCAGCACACACUGGCUCAGGAGGUGCGUCACGCCCGCCUGGGCAAGGCCGAGGACACCGGGAUUGCUGUCCGUCUGCUCCAAGCCAUCUCUACACUACUGAACUCACCACACGGCAGGGCCUUUGUCUUGUCCAUGCAGAGGAAUUAUGUCAUCUCCUGUCCUCUAAUGAGACAACUGUAUCAAUAUCAGAAAAGUGGGUCUCAGGACUCUGUUGCCGUGUCCCUGUUCUACAACAUGGUGAUGCAGCUGCGGACGUGGUUGGAGAGCUCUGCGACAGAAGAUGGUCCUCUUCGAGCGCUUCUGAAGUCCCUGGCUGCUCAGUGUUCACUCAAGCACAGGACAGGCGACGUAAGAGCUAACUUCAUGCUCCUGGCAGAGCAGCUGAGCUAUCGGCAAGACCAGGAGUUGAUCGACUCAGCAGUACAAGCAAUAAUGACGGCUCUGAAAGCUGGGGAGGCAAGCAACGUGGAGCCAGAAUUGAUGGAAAGAGUAUUGAAGGGGUUAAUUGAGAUGCGGUCUCCCUACCUGGAGGAACUGUUGACACUUGUGCUCACUACCAGCCCAGAAGUGGCCACGCAGCAGACAACCAUGGAUCCAGUAGCUCUAAUAACCACACUUCUUCAUCAGGAAGGAGAAGACUCGGUGGUAAAGAUGGAGGUCGAUGGCGACAGUGUGGAGCAGCUGAAGCCUGUUUCAGCAUCUGGGCUCCUUAUUGACUGGUCUGAGCUGCUGGAUCCUGAAGUAAUUUCCCAAUGCCCUGACCAACAACAGAGGCUCCUGUUUGCUGACCCAAAGAUUGCAGGUCAGCAAAGAAUGCAGCUGCUUUCAUUCCGACCCUGUCUUCUGGCAGUUCUCACUCACCAGUCAAACUGGACGACACUGCAUCGGUGCAUCGGCAUACUGUUGAGUAACCAAGGGGGGCUCAGGCUUGACCCUCCUGCAGCCCUGGAUUUUCUUUGGGCCUGUACACGCAUUCCUCGGAUCUGGCAAGGACGUGACCAAAGAACUCCGCAGAAACAUACUAAGGAGUAUGUCCUGUGUUUGAAGAAGAGUGAGCUCAUCAGCCUGGUGGACAUCAUUCUUUUGGAGUCUGAAGCCAAGGUCCACGUUGGGACUCCCAUCAAGAAACCCUCCGAGGACGUCACUGGCACCCUCAUCCGAUCUCGAAUUCCCUUGUUGCUCAGCUGCUGCCAUGGCAAUUUGGAUAACAUCAAGAAAGUGACAGAGUAUCUGAUCAGUUGCAUCAAGCAAAGGGGUGAAAGCAGUGUGAUGGGCAAGUGUUGUCAGAACCUUUUGCUUCAGAUUUACUUUGAGGUCCCAGAGGUUAUCCGCCAUGUCAACCUCCCAGAGUGUGUGCUAAGCAGUGAAGGCACCAGCAACGGAAGCACAUGCAAGCUGGAUGCACUAGUGCAUCGGUUGCUAAUGUUACUUGCAGACACCAGUGACACGAGGACAUCGGAGAACCGCACUGCCGAUGCCAACAUGGCCUGCCGAAAGUUGGCCGUUGCACACCCGGUUUUAUUGCUCAGACAUUUGCCAAUGAUUGCCGCCCUGUUGCAUGGACGAGUCCACUUGAAUUUCCAGGAGUUCCGUCAGCAGAACCAUUUGACUUUCUUCCUGCAUGUUCUGGGGAUCUUGGAGCUACUACAGCCAUAUUUAUUUCAGAGCGAACACCAGGGGGCAAUGCAGGACUGUCUGCUCUCCUUCAUUCUACUCUUGGAGAACUAUGGAAAAUACUCCAGACUGCUUGCUUCCUUCAUCAAUAAGUUUGUGCAUUUUAUUCACAAGUUUAUAACGUUCAAUGCAACAGCAGCUGUGCCGUUCCUUCAGAAGCAUUCAGAUGUUCUCCAUUACUUGUCGCGGGAGUACCCGGAGAUGGCCCUACUUAAAUCUUUGCUGGCUGGUUUAACCCUCCCAACUCGGACUGGACUCAUCGAGGAGAAUGUAGAGGAUGAGGAUGGGGAAGAAGAAACAACAAGCUCACUGCCAUUGGUCACUUUCUCGCCCACUACACCUUUGACUUCAGCCGAAGUGGCACCGUUCCUUCAGAAAAUUGCAAGGGCACGUGCUCUGGAAGACACUCUGGAAGUCCUGAACGAUAUUGAUGAGAUGUCAAAGCGUCGAAUUGAGAUCCUCCCUUUCUAUGCUAAUGAUCUCCAGCGGCUGAUGAGCUCCCCUGAGGAACUUGCCCGGAACACGGCAUUUGUCUUGGCUUUGAGGAGCAUUCAGCAUGAUCCACGCAUUGCUGUUGACUUUCUCCCAACAUUUAUGUACUGCCUCGGCUGUGGAAAUUACGAUGUUGUGCAGACGGCUCUGAAGUAUCUUCCCGAUUACACGCUACUCUGCCAAGAGCACGCAGGAGUUCUUUUGCACAAGGCCUUUUUGGUUGGAAUGUACAGUCAACUCGACACCAGUCCACAGAUUGCAGAGGCUAUGAAGGUUCUGCACAUGGAAGCUACCACUUAAAGACUAGCCAUUGUAAACGGAGUGCGUUUACCGCCACAGAGAAAGAAAUUGACGACGGAGGUACAUUUAGUUCAAUGUCAUUGAACUUCUACAGUGCGACACUUGAAGUGAUCAAGCUGUUCCGGAUAAUGCCAGUCAGGAGCAUCUCCCAGGAACGGAAAUAAUGAAAAUUGGAGGAUUUAACAUGGAUUUUCCUACAUAACCGCAUUCACUGCACUUCAUUGUCUGAAGACCUUUAUGAUGAGAAGGUGCAAAAAAAUUAACUGCAUCAAAUCUUUCUGUUUCUCUCACAUAUUUUCUCCCUCUCUUUUGCUCUCCCUCAUGCAUACGUUAUGUAAGUCCUCAUCAUAUUUUGAAUGAAAUGCUUCCAAAUGCCAGGAAAAGCCAUAGCCACUGUGUCCAUUUUUGACCAGACAAGAGGUUUGUUAGUCCCAUCAGAAACCACUGCACAACUGGAUUCCAGCCUCUCAACAGACCUCAAGGUGAGGCUUGAGGAUGGAAAUGCAUGGCCAACCAGUUAGGCUCUGAGCUAUGAUAUUAUAACCAGGGCACAAUAGGGGUGAUUUAAAAUGGAGAAAGUGUCAGACCAAAGCCAGGAGAACUUAACAGUUCUUUUAGACUCUUUAUGAUAUUCUGUGGACUGUUGAGAUCUUGUGAGUGCAUGAGGCUGUGUGAUGAACCAUUCAGACCUAAAAACAUCUUGGCUCUAUGAUGUUCUGUGAAAGCUUUGUAUUUUUGUUGAGAAUAUUUUAAUGUAAAAUAAAUUUUUGACAAAAAAAAAUCUUGGCACUUUUGUCUGCAGUUAUGAAAUAAAGUUAUGAAAUAAACUGA